AUGAAUUUUAGCCAGGAACUAGAAGAAUGUGGCUUCUUUGAAGGAUAUACGCUUCAACGAUUCGUGAUCAUUACAGUAUUCUCUAUGGUUUCGAUUUUCGGUAUUUUAGCAAAUAUGUUGUUGAUGGCAGUCUUCUGGAGAACGUUACCAUCAUCGGUAUAUCUGGCAUGUCUUUCCUCUAUGGAUAUGCUGAUAUGCUUGACGUAUCUGUUGUUAUUCGGUGUUGAUGCCGGAUUCGUAUACCUUAGAAACAAGACAUUAUUCUUUCUCUACCAUCGCUAUAUUAUCCCUAUAUUUUUCAUUGCGAAAACAGUUCAAUUCGCUAUUCCGUUCCUACUUAUUCUUAUCACGCUGGAAAGAUAUGUCUGGACCACAAGGGAAAAAACGCGGUUCGUUUCUCCUCAAAGCUGA